AAAGCCAUGGGAAGAACAACUGCAGUCAGUCAAGACUGAACCAAAAAAAGGAGUCCUGGGGCUCACUCAUACUCCUCUCACCAGGAAAAGGUGGAAGGAAGCUUGUAGACCGUUACCUCUGAGGUCAUAAACUCUGAGCAAGUUACUAAUCUCCUCCACCUCUUCCUCACCCUCCCUCAUCUGCUGCUCCAUUCUGCUGCUGCUCCUGUACUUCUCCUGCCAGCAGGCUGCUGUCACCCCCUCACCCCAGCUUCAUCCUCCCCCUGUUCCAGACCCGCUCUCCCAAACAGCUCCUUUACCCCGUGCUCCUCUAACCUCCUCAACCCGAAUCUUCCCUGACAUCCUCUGCAGGCUCCUGUUUCCCUUUGGCUUUCUCAUUGCUUUCCUACUUGCCAGAAGAGCAGGUCCUCAGCCCCUCCUGACCCUUCCUGUCCUGCCUGUUGAGCCUCAGGAGCUUCUGGAAGUGUGAAGCCUGGGACAAAGGGCAGUGUUGGGGCUGCGCCUGCACCGGGACAUCGCUCUCCUGACGGGCAUAUGUGUGUAUUUUGCACAUGGUCAGAUAUUUUAAGGCAGGGAGGUUUUUUCUGUGACACAGAGGCUCUGCACCAGGCACUGCACAGCAACAGCAUCACCAAUGAAACUGCUUCCAUUCCUAGUUCUGGUUUCCAGUCUGCUGGACUAUGGCUGCAGCUCUGCCAGCUGUAACAUGACAUGCCACAAAGAUGCCAGGUGUGAAGUCCAGGGUGGCACAACGGGCUGCUACUGCUCCCAGGGAUACACAGGCAAUGGAAUAACAUUCUGCUACGAUGAUAAUGAGUGUGAAAAUGCUACUCAGCCUUGUGGAGAGCAUGCCAACUGCACAAACACGGUGGGAAGUUAUUUCUGCAUGUGCAUGCCUGGUUUCAAAUCCAGCAAUGGUCAAGAAACUUUUGUACCUAAUGAUGGAACCUCCUGCGUGGAUGUAGAUGAGUGCAGCAACGGAGGAACUGUUGCCUGUGGAGAUCAUGCAAAAUGUGAAAACGUGGAUGGAGGGUUUAGCUGCUCCUGUAAGGAAGGUUAUCAACCAUCUACAGGAAAAUUGCAGUUUAAGCCAAAUGAUGGCACUUCCUGCCAAGAAAAUCCAAAGGCCAAGUGUGAGUUAUUCAAAGACUGUGUAACUGAACAUAUUAAUAGAACUUUAGCCAGAAUCAGUCACUUAAAAACACCUCUGGAGAUGCUGCAGGAAAUUAAUAAAAGCACUUUGGGCCCACUUUCCCCCGUGGAUGUGGUUUCCUACGUGGAAGCACUGUCCUACCCCCCGUGGGAGGUCACCCGCGACUCCGGCAGCGAAGCUCUUCCUAACACCACCAUCAACGUUUUGGUCAACACUGUGAACAAUUUUUUACAAAAAGACAAACUUACAGUCUGGGAAGCCCUUCCUGCGGACAACCAAAGGAGGAGCCUGACCAAGCUGCUGCACACUGCAGAGCAAGCAACGCUCCUCGUGUCACAGAGCUUCAAAAAGACAACACAGCUAGAUGCUAAUGCAAGUGACAUAGCACUCAAGGUUUUUGCUUUUGAUUCACACCACAUGAAACACAUUCACCCUCACGUUUACACAGGGGGAGAUUACAUAAAGAUCUCGCCAAAGAAGAGAAAGGAACCUCAUCCUAAUGGCACGGUCGCAGUUGUCUUUCUGCGGUACAGCAACAUUGGUUCCUUGCUUUCUUCACCUCAAAACCACUCCUCAAAAGAUCCUUCAGAGCAGAGACAGACAGUGAGCUCAUCAGUCAUAGCUGUUGCAAUUAGCUCAAACCCACCCACGCUCUAUGAGCUGGAGAAAAUAACAUUUACCUUAAAGUAUGCCAAGACUGCAGAUAAAGACAUUAAAUGUGCAUUUUGGAACUACUCAGCGGACACAAUGAAUGGCAACUGGGCUACAGAAGGCUGUGAGCUGACACAUUCCAACUCCACUCAUAUCUCAUGCAAAUGUAAUCAUCUGACUCAUUUUGCUGUUUUGAUGUCCUCAGGUGGCUCUGUUGGUGUUACAAAUUAUAACAUUCUUACAAGAAUCACUCAGCUAGGAAUAAUUAUUUCGUUGAUUUGCCUCUCCAUGUGCAUUUUUACAUUCUGGUUCUUCAGUGAAAUUCAAAGCACUAGAACGACAAUCCACAAAAACCUCUGCUGCAGCCUUUUCCUGGCGGAACUUAUUUUUCUGAUUGGAAUUAAUAUGAACAAUAACAAGCUCUUCUGUUCAAUUACUGCUGGAUUGCUCCAUUAUUUCCUCCUAGCUGCUUUUGCGUGGAUGUGCAUUGAAGGCAUUCACCUCUACCUUAUAGUGGUGGGAGUCAUCUACAACAAGGGCUUUCUGCACAAGAAUUUCUAUGUCUUUGGCUAUGUCAGCCCAGCCGUGGUGGUCGGAAUUUCAGCUGCACUGGGAUACAAGUACUACGGCACCACGGAAGUAUGUUGGCUCAGCACUAAGAAUAACUUUAUAUGGAGUUUUAUAGGACCGGCAUGUCUAAUAAUUCUUGUUAAUUUGUUGGCUUUUGGAGUGAUUAUUUAUAAAGUGUUUCGACACACUGCAAUGUUAAAGCCAGAAGUUAGUUGCUACGAAAAUAUAAGGUCCUGUGCCCGAGGUGCCCUCGCCCUCCUCUUCCUCCUCGGGGCCACCUGGAUCUUCGGGGUGCUGCACGUGGUCCAGGGAUCCGUGGUUACUGCCUACCUUUUUACAAUCUUCAAUGCAUUCCAGGGGAUGUUCAUCUUCAUUUUCCUUUGUGUACUGUCCAGGAAGAUUCAGGAAGAGUAUUACAGGUUGUUCAAAAAUGUUCCUUGCUGCUUCGGCUGCUUGAGAUAAACGGAAGGAAAACACCCAUAAGCAUCUCAGUGGAAGAAGGGAGCAACCCACAUGUUGUUGUUAUGGGUAUUACAGCAAAAUAUGGUAUUGUGAAAGCAUGAAAUGACCCAGUGAGCAGGCAUAUCUCUUAACUGAAUUACUGACUGGUUUUGUACAUAUGUGUGCAUUCCUGCAGAACAUUUAUAUUAUUCUGUAUACAAACAGUAUACAAAAAAAAAAUGGAUUAUUGCAAAACAAGUAUUAAUAAAGACCAGGGAAAGAAGCUAAUUUCUAAAGGAGCUCAACAAUUCAACAAUAUUAAAAAUAUCUGCAAUUCUUGAAAGCAAAAUAUCAAAACCCAACUGGCACGGCAGAUUUUAGGAAUUGCUUUGCUAGUGGAAACAUGUUUCACUGUCCUUUUGUAGUAAUGAGCUUCUUACAUUAAGUUGCAUGUGACCAUCUGCAGGGAAUGGGUUCCAUUAAAGAGUCAAUAGAUAAAGAUCUGCUUCAGCCUAGACUUUUGAAAACAUUUCUUUUAAUUUAAAGUAGAUUAAAAAAGGAAUUUGUUUAAUAUUAUUCUCUUAUCACUCUGAAAUAUAUAUUUGUAUAUUAAUCAAUGCUUUAUUUUUAUAACUUCUAAAGAACUGUUUAGAUCUAAAGAGCUGAGGUCAGAUCUGAUACAAGAAUGGUGGGACAGCCAUUUUAUAAGUGAAAGAUUAUUUUGUGAAUACUUUGAAAAAGAUCUGGUUCCUGUUUUAUUUAAUUGCCAAAAAGGCUGAGAUCUGCUAAACUGGCACUAUGAUUUUGGAGGCUGUGGGAAGAAGAUCCUUUCACAGGUUUGUCACUUCAAAGAGAUACUUGAAAUCCAGACUUUGCAGGACCAAAUUAAAAAUAAAGUGGCAGAAAUCAGCCUUGCAAAAGAAUACAGAUUUAAAUUCAAGGUAUGUGCCCCUGUAAAAUUGCAGUUACAGCAGCUUUCUCUACUCAGAGCACCUUUGAGUCAAGCAGUUGUCUUCCUCUGAGGCUCCUGGGUUUGGAACAAUCCUGCACUCAACCUCAGGAGUACCCACAGAUCUGCUGAAAGCAAAGGGAGCACUCGAAGUGCUCUUUGGCAGAUCAGAGCAUGAACAUGAUGCAUCAACAGUUCCACCCAUGGCAUCUUAUUUAUUUUAAGAGCAGGCUUUAAUUUCACCCUCCUAGCACCCAGUUUAUGUGAAGUGCUCAGCAAUCUCCUGCCCACAUUGCCUUCUCAGGAAGUGUCUGGGAUCUCAGGCGAAGCCCAGUGUUUUUACCAGUGAGGCACUGUAAAUAUGUAGUUGUUAAUAAAUCCCACUGCUGUGUUGUCUGUUAAAAUAAAGCACCACGCUGAAUUUUAUUUAUAUUAAAAGGAACUCUUUUUUUAGUAACGGUCAAUUUUGUUUGGUUUUCUUUUUCUUUUUUCCGUAUACACAAGGUUUUCAUUGUAUGCAUUGCAGUGACAGGCUUCAUUAAGUAUAUUCCAUGUCUCUGUCAAAUUUUUUGAAACCACAACAGGAGUCUAUUUUUCUGAAAAACUAAAAAUCUGCUGGUCCUUUGAAUGUAAAAUAUGUGAAUAAACCGAAGUGCUUUGCUUUCACAUUUUGACAUUUCCAUUCAUUUAAAUAAAUACAGCAGUAAAAGUU